AACUGCUGCUGGGCCCUGUGGGUCCCGUCGCUGACCGAGCGAAGGCAAGACGAGAAUCGGAGACGGGUCUGUACGGCACGGGAGGUUCUCAAGCGACAUGCGAGGACAUGGAUGCGUGUGUUUGCCAAACGCAGGGCAUGGCUCCGGGAGUUGAGUACGUGCAACUGAGUCAAGACGCGUAA